AUGUAUUCUAGGAGGCAACUUUGGUGGCCGCUGCUGCUCCUGCUGCCGCUGCUCCUGGGUCCCGCGGGCGCCCGAGCACUGGAGGAUGAAGACACCGACUACGAGGAGCUGGUGCUCUCCUUGGCGUUGGAGGAGGACCGCCCAACAGACGCGGCUCGGCACGCCGUCCUUGCCCCCUUCUACCGCUGCUCCAAGGAUGCUUGGAGACUACCGGGCACCUAUGUGGUUGUCCUGAAGGAGAAGACUCACCUCUCACAGACGAAGCAUACUGCCCACCUUCUGCAGUCCCGUGCUGCCCACCGGGGCUACCUCACCAAAAUCCUGCACAUCUUCCACGAUCUCUUCCCCGGCUUUGUAGUGAGGAUGAGUGGUGACCUGCUGGACCUGGCCCUGCGGCUGCCCCACGUUGAAUACAUUGAGGAAGACUCCUUCGUUUUUGCUCAGAGCAUCCCAUGGAACUUAGCGCGGAUCAACCCUGCUCAGCACAAGCUGGAUGACCACCUACACUCCAACGAUAGCAGCAUCGUGGAGGUCUAUCUCUUAGACACCAGCAUCCAGAGUGGCCACCGAGAAAUUGAAGGCAGGGUCACAGUCACCGAUUUUGAGAAUGUUCCAGAAGAGGAUGGGACUCGUUUCCACCGACAGGCAAGCAAGUGUGGCAGCCAUGGUACUCAUCUGGCAGGUGUGGUCAGCGGCCGGGAUGCUGGUGUGGCCAAGGGCGUCAGCCUGCGCAGUCUGCGUGUGCUUAACUGCCAGGGGAAGGGCACGGUCAGCAGCACCCUCAUAGGCCUGGAGUUUAUUCGGGAAAGCCAGCUGGCCCAACCCUCAGGACCGCUGGUGGUACUGCUGUCCCUGGUGGGUGGGCAUAGCCGGGCCCUCAACUCUGGCUGCCGGAACUUGGCCAGAGCUGGGGUGGUGCUGAUCGCUGCUGCUGGCAACUUCCGGGACGACGCCUGCCUCUACUCACCGGCCUCAGCUCCUGAGGUCAUCACGGUCGGGGCCACAAAUGCCCAGGACCAGCCAGUGACCCUGGGAACCCUGGGGACCAACUUUGGCCGCUGCGUGGACCUCUUUGCCCCAGGGGAUGAUAUUAUCAGUGCCUCCAGUGACUGCAGCACCUGCUUUGCAUCACAGAGUGGGACAUCACAGGCUGCUGCACACGUGGCUGGCAUUUCAGCCAUGCUGCUGUCCGCCGAGCCAGAGCUCACCCUGGCCGAGCUGAGGCAGAGACUGAUCCACUUCUCUGCAAAAGGCGUCAUCAAUGAGGCCUGGUUCCCUGAAGACCAGCGGCUACUGACCCCCAAUCUAGUGGUCAUGCUGCCCCCCAGCACCCCUGGAGUAGGUGAGCAGCUGCUCUGCAGGACGGUGUGGUCACCGCACUCCGGUCCUACUCGGAUGGCCACAGCCGUGACCCACUGCGCCACCGAGGAGGAGCUGCUGAGCUGCUCGAGCUUCUCCAGAAGUGGAAAGAGGCGGGGCGAGCGCAUCGAGACCCGAGGGGGCAGGCGGGUGUGCCUGGCCCACAAUGCGUUCGGGGGAGAGGGUGUCUACGCCAUCGCCAGGUGCUGCGUGCUGCCUCAGGCCAACUGCAUUGUCCACACAGCGCCACCUGCUGAGAGAGGGUCAAUGACCCAUGCCCACUGCCACCAGCAAGGCCACGUUCUAACCGGCUGCAGCUCCCACUGGGAGGACAAGGACUUUGGCACGCACAGGCAGCCUGAGCUGAGGCUCCCCGGUCAGCCUGGCCAGUGUGUGGGCCACCACAAGGCCAACGUCCACGCUUCCUGCUGCCAUGCACCAGGCCUGGAGUGCAAAGUCAAGGAGCAUGAGGUCUCUGGCCCAGCAGAGAAGGUGGUUGUGGCCUGUGAGGAGGGCUGGACCCUGACGGGCUGCAGUGCCCUCUCUGGGGCCUACCAGGUGCUGGGGGCCUACCCUGUGGACAACAUGUGUGUGGUGAGGAGCCGGGACACUGGUGCUGGAGGCAGGGUCAGUGACAAGCCCACGGCUGCCCUUGCGAUCUGCUGCCGGAGCAGACCCUCAGAGAAGGCCUUCUUGGAGCCCCAGUGA